UGUGGGAACGCGAGAGGUGCGACGGAAGAGCUUUCUGCUUCCGCUUCCGGGCUCCGUGCCCCCCACGCUCCGCGAGCCAAGGGAGGUCCCGCCCUUGCACGCCUGCCGCGGCAAUAUGGCGGGGGCGGCAGACAGGCAACCACCAUCCUCAUUCCCUGCUCUGCUUUGCUGUACUCAGGUGGACCUGCAAGGCUCAUUUGACCCUUGUUGAGGACUGCUAAAGUUUCCAGAUUUCUGAUGAUCAGACCUGUCUACAAGAAGUGAGCAGGCAAGAGUGCUUUUCUAAUGCUAAAACUGAGGAGCUGACUGGCACCAUGAAAGUCUUCUGUGGAAGGGCCAAUCCGACCACAGGAUCUGUGGAAUGGCUGGAGGAGGAUGAGCAUUACGAUUACCACCAGGAGAUUGCAAGGUCAUCCUAUGCUGAUAUGCUGCAUGACAAAGAUCGGAAUAUGAAAUAUUACCAAGGUAUUCGGGCUGCUGUGAGCAGGGUGAAGGACAGAGGACAGAAGGCUUUGGUUCUGGACAUCGGCACUGGCACAGGACUUCUGUCAAUGAUGGCAGUCACAGCAGGCGCCGACUUCUGCUAUGCUGUUGAGGUUUUUAAGCCUAUGGCUGAUGCUGCAGUGAAGAUUGUAGAGAAAAAUGGCUUCAGUGAUAAGAUUAAGGUUAUCAACAAGCAUUCCACUGAGGUGACCAUAGGGUCAGAUGGUGACAUGCCAUGCCGUGCCAACAUCCUGAUCACAGAGCUGUUCGACACAGAAUUGAUUGGGGAGGGAGCGCUGCCCUCCUAUGAACACGCACACAGGCAUCUUGUGCAGGAAAAUUGCGAGGCGGUGCCUCACAGAGCAACUGUCUAUGCUCAGCUGGUGGAGUCCAGGAAGAUGUGGUCAUGGAACAAGCUGUUUCCCAUCCAUGUUCAGACUAGCCUUGGAGAGCAGGUCAUUGUCCCCCCCUCGGAACUGGAGAGGUGCCCUGGUGCGCCCUCUGUCUGCGAUAUUCAGCUGAACCAGGUCUCGCCUACUGACUUCACUGUCCUCAGUGAUGUGCUGCCGAUGUUCAGUGUGGACUUCAGCAAGCAAGUCAGUAGUUCAACAGCCUGCCACUGCAGGCACUUUGAACCUUUGGCAUCAGGCCGAGCUCAGGUGGUUCUCUCCUGGUGGGACAUUGAAAUGGACCCCGAGGGGAAGAUCAAGUGCACCAUGGCCCCCUUCUGGGCACAGUCGAACCCAGAGGAGCUCCAGUGGCGGGACCACUGGAUGCAGUGUGUGUACUUCUUGCCACAAGAGGAGCCUGUUGUCCAGGGCUUAGCCGUCUGGCUGGUGGCUCACCAUGACGACUACUGUGUGUGGUACAGCCUCCAGAGGACCAGCCCUGAAGAGAAUGAGAGAGUCCACCCACUGCGCCCCGUGUGUGACUGCCAGGCUCACCUGCUCUGGACCCGGCCUCGGUUUGGCGAGAUCAAUGAUCAGGACAGAACUGAUCAAUAUGUCCAGGCCCUGAGGACAGUGCUGAAACCAGACAGUGUCUGUCUGUGCGUCAGUGAUGGCAGUCUGCUCUCCAUGCUGGCCUAUCACCUUGGAGCAGAGCAGGUAUUUACAAUAGAGAAUUCAGCAGCUUCUCAUAGAGUGAUGAAAAAAAUCUUCAAGGCUAACCAUUUGGAAGAUAAAAUUAAUAUCAUAGAGAAACGGCCUGAAUUAUUAGCACCUGCAGACCUGGAGGGUAAAAAGGUCUCUCUCUUCCUGGGUGAACCGUUCUUCACCACCAGCCUGCUGCCGUGGCACAACCUGUACUUCUGGUAUGUGCGGACUGCAGUGGCACAACAUCUGGGGCCUGGUGCCGUCGUGAUGCCCCAGGCUGCCUCAUUGCACAUGGUGGUCGUGGAAUUCAAGGAUCUGUGGAGGAUCCGGAGCCCCUGUGGUGACUGUGAAGGCUUUGAUGUGCACAUCAUGGAUGAUAUGAUUAAGCUCUGUCUCUGCAGAUCCCUGCUUCCCUUCCCUUCUCAGCGUGCCCUGGACUUCAGAGAGAGCAAGGAGGCUGAGCCCCAUCCGCUGUGGGAGUACCCGUGCCGCAGCCUCUCCGAGCCCCAGAAGGUUCUGACCUUUGAUUUUCGGCAGCCAGUCCCCUCACAGCCUGUCUGUGCUGAGGGCACCAUUAAGCUCAGGCGGCCUGGGAGGAGCCACGGGGCUGUCUUAUGGAUGGAAUACCACCUGACCCCGGACAGCACGGUCAGCACCGGCCUCCUGAAGCCCACAGAGGACAAGGGGGACUGUUGCUGGAACCCCCACUGCAAGCAGGCCGUGUACUUCUUCAAUACCACACUAGACCCCAGCGUGCCAUCAGGCAGCCCCCGGACCGUCGGCUACACUGUGGAGUUCCACCCUCACACUGGAGACAUCACCAUGGAUUUCAUACUCCCUGAUGUCCUCUCUUGUUGAGAAAUAAAGUGGCCAAGGGCCCCAGGC